CCGCCGUCAGGCAUGGAUGAUAAUUGCGCCCUUAAUCUUUUCUGCCACUUAAGUUUCUGACAGCAUUGACCGGCCAUUAAACGGUGGUGUCACUAGCCAAUUCCGGCGAAGCCGCAUCAAACCAAACAUCCCCAUCUCCUGAGGAGUGAGAGCCAGAUAUCAAAGUCAAACUUCGAUUAAAAAAGGAACCGCGUCAUCUCUAUUUUAUUUUGAUUUAUAUAAUUAUUCUUGUAAGAUUAUUUUCCAAUUUAAAAAAAGCCGCCUUCCCUCUAUUGACCUUCCGUUUAAUUCCACUGCCUUCCGGUUCCGUUGUGUGAUUUUCGUUUUCAUUGUAGUUUUGGGCCCAUAAUGAUGCCAGCAGUGCAGCCUCCACCACCUGUGCCGGUGUUUUCGGACUCCUCCGCCGCCGGAAUCACUGAUGGCUCUCCGAUGACCAGAACUUACCGCGCCUGGAAGGGCAGUAACGUAUUUUUUCUUCAGGGGAGGCUUAUAUUUGGACCUGAUGUAAAAUCUAUAUUUUUAACAGUAUUCCUCAUUGUUGCCCCGGUUGCUGCUUUCUGUGCUUUUGUGGCCAGAAAACUGUUAGAUGAUUUUCCUCAUCAAUCAGGAUGGUCAAUAAUGGUCAUAGUUAUUGCCCUUACCGUGUUCGUUCUGAUCGUCCUUCUGCUGACCUCAGGAAGAGACCCUGGCAUAGUACCCCGUAAUGCUCAUCCUCCAGAGCCAGACGAUGAUUAUGGGAGUUCUAGAAUUGACAGCGGACAAAUUCCCCGGCUACGUUUACCACGGACAAAGGAUGUAAUUGUCAAUGGCAUAACCUUAAAGAUCAAAUAUUGCGAUACCUGCAAGCUAUAUAGGCCUCCCCGCUGCUCUCAUUGUUCGGUCUGUGAUAAUUGUGUGGAGCGAUUUGAUCAUCACUGCCCUUGGGUGGGUCAGUGUAUUGGAUUGCGAAAUUACAGGUUCUACUUCAUGUUUGUCUCCUCUGCAACUUUGCUCUGCUUAUAUAUACAUGGCUUUUGCUGGGUAUACAUCAGGAGGAUCAUGGAUUCUGAAGGGAUUUCAAUCUGGAAAGCAAUGAUCAAAACUCCUGCUUCUAUAGCGCUAAUAAUCUACUCGUUCAUCUGUGUCUGGUUCGUUGGUGGCCUUACUGCUUUCCAUACGUAUCUCAUCAGCACAAACGAGUCCACAUAUGAAAAUUUCAGAUACCGUUAUGAUCGUCAGCAGGUCAACCCAUUUAACAAAGGAAUACUUAAGAACUUCAAAGAAAUAUUCUGCUCUAGCAUUCCGCCAUCUAAGAACAAUUUCAGGUCCAAGGUUCCAAAGGACCCAUCAUCACCUUCGUCAAGAGUUGGUGACGGACCUGUUGGCCCCAUGAUGAGAAAAACCAUGGGUGACUUGGAAUUAGGGACCGGGAAAGCCUACAGUGAGGCCGAUGAGGAGGGAAGCGAUUAUAAAGGUGGGUUUAGUAACAGUGAGGAACUUAGCAAGGGUGGUGAAUUGGCUGAUUCUUCCCUGGAUUUGGGCAUAACUAUUCCCAAACAAGAUGUGGAGGUACAUGAUGCUUCAUAUAUAAUGCAUUCUCACUGGGAAAGAAGAAGCAGAAUGGGGGACAUUGGUCCUGAAGUUCUUGAUGGACCUCAAGCUGGUGAAUUAACAAAGACGGCUUCAUAGAGUCAGAAAAUUUACACAUGUAAAUACUUUUAUAAAAAGGUCCGACUUUGCACAGUCUACUUACAAGCUACAUUCAAUCCGUCAAUCAAUCAAAGGUUUCUUAUCUUCUUUAUUUAUAAAAAUGUUUCCUUUUUUUUUU